AUGCCGUUAUCGUAUGGACGGAGAGGAAGGUGAGUCUUAACAAUUAAAAGGACGGCUGGGGAAUUGUGGUCCCAUUUUUUUUUUCAUUUUACAUGGUACUAACGGCGGAUGAUUAAGAUCGUAAUCGGCUGCCAAAUUCAAAAGGAGCCGUUUGAAACUGCAUGAAAGAAUUUUUAAGAAUUUUUUUUUCUUUCCUCGCUAUUUUAGCCAGUUUCACAUACUUCGUUGCAAUUUUGACUAUAACUAUUCUUCAAUGACUGGGCGAUUUCUCAAGCCCUGAUUGGUCGAGAGCUUAAGUGGUCUAUGACAGAUGGGACCAUGGAAAUAACGUGAUAAUAGAGAGAUUAAGUUUCACGUUUACGCCAAACGGCAAACGUGAAUUUGUACCACGUGACCAAGUUUCCCCCUUAUUUUUCGUUUACUGUUUAUUGCUUCUACACAAAAAUAGGUAAAUUUAUGCCAGUUUUAUCCAAAAGAAUCGCUCUGGACUGUCUUUAUCUGCUUAUUUUCUAUUUUGAGAAAUUCUCAACUGACGUUUGCCGUUUGCCGUGUGCCGUAAACGUGAAUCUUAAUCUCUCUAAUGGCGCAAAUUAUCUCCUCUCGCGCCAAAGUUCUCAAAAAAAUUCUCCAGAAUCGGGCGUUCAAAGCUUUUAAACAAACAAAAAGGCAAAAACAACCAUAAAAAACCGAGACAAUUUUCCAUGCUCUACACUCUUAUAACUUGCCAUUGUCUAUUCUAUAAACCAUAAAAAAAGACGUCAAAAUGUUCCACUUGACUUCCCCGGGGGGGGGGGGGGGGGCAUUUAGGAAUUUUCUGGGGGGGGGUGGCGCGGGGGGGGCGGGGACCCUUAACCUUUUCCAGGAGUUUUUCCCGUUUUUUUUUUUUCCCAUAACUGAAAAAAACCCCCCAAACCCCCCUUUCUUAAGAGUAGUCUGUUCCUAGUUAAAAAAAAAUCUUACACCCAACAAUCAGUUUCUCAAAAAAUGUGACCCUUUACUAAAUAGACGUACCCCGCGUGGUGGUGGAAAACAUUACACGGACGUACCAAACCACAGACAGUCUGUAAUCUGUUCAAAACAAACGGGGAAACAGCGGAGAAGUAUACGCGAAAAUUAACUGCCUUUAAAUUUCUUUUUUCAGUGAUGCUUGUGACGGGUGGCCUAAAGAAGACUUUAAUGUCAUGGAUCCGGAUUAUCGGGGUUUUAGAGCAUCUAAUCCUCUUAAGGUCAGCGACCUGUCAGGAAUUAGUCAUGACAGGCGGACCAGCAGACCUGGAACGGAGAAUUCUUUAAGUUCGAGAAGCAGCGAAUUUCUGGCCGCAUUGGAGGAGUUUUCCACCAUGAAAAUAAGCAAAAUGGAAGCGCAAGAAAAGGAAACGAAAAACUGUGCUGAUGAAACUGUUGAAAAAUUGGUUCAAAGAAGACCGAGUUUAAGCGAACUUGCUCCCGCAGAUCUGGCAAUGGGAGUAUCCGCGCCUGCGCAUAGAGGACGUCGCAAAUCUUUGCCAUCACUCGGACUUGUUGCAGUUGAUAUUCAAUACAGCAUUCCCUCUAAGAAGAAUUCCAGAUCGUAUGGCUUCCCUGAGAAUUUGGGAUGUGAUACAGCGGAGAGCGAGUUGUACAGAAUUAAUGAAAUUUUUAAGACUGAAUCGAAUCCCGUUUACUCUAAAAGGAAGUUGACUAAAUCGCUUGACUCUCUUCGUGUCGGAGGUAGCUCAAAUGUGUUACCAAGAAGGCGGUUUUCAGUGGGAGCUCAGGGUAUCAAAGCUCCAAACUCUAAUAUUGCCUUUAGCACGAAGCAAAGAAGAGCUUCUUGCACGACGUGUAAGGCAAAAGACUCUAUAAAGUGGCGCGUAUCCAUUCAUCAAAGGUCUCUAAAUAUUGACGACGACUGUGACAGUUAUCUUUAUAACCCUUUUCUCCGUCGGAAUUUAAGAAAUCGACGAACCAGUCUGCCCAAUAUCAAUUCAAAUUUCGCUGGACAGACUGUUGGAAGUACUAUCUUACCCAAAGUUGGCCAACGAGAUUCACUGGUGGCAAAGAAACUAGACGAACUGUGA